UAAUUCUCCCUCACAUUAUACUUCAAAAUGUAAACGGUCCCCUUUUGAUAUUUGGAGAAAGAAAGAAUUUAUUGAUGGUCCCUAAAUCUGAGGCCCCUCUUAGCCAGUCGGUGAACAACCGGUAUAUGAUUUAGGAAAAUAGGAAAAUAAUACACAGCACAAUGGCUUUAGGGGCGACUGGAAUAUUUUCUGAAAUUGACAAACUUAGAGUUCAGUUGCUAAACAACAUUGAAGACAGUCAGCGCGUGGAGGAACAAAUAAGUCCCAGGGAAGUCUUGACUCGUAUUGAAAAUGUCAUCCUGGGAAUAGUGGUCAGUCUGUCCAAAGGUAAGGCCCCUGCCCUUGCAGUGCCCAUCAGAUCCAGCUGGGACAACGUCAGAUUUGACAGUGCCGUUGGGCUUCAAAUGAAUUCGGAAAGUUCUGUCAGCACCAUUAGGAGUGAUUGUCCUUCGUCUGUCACUAAAUUUGCUCAGAUCGUCAAGAUUCUAUCAGUCAUCUACAGACUCGUGCAGAGCAACUCCUAUGCAACUAAAAGAGACAUCUAUUACAACAACACACAGCUGUUUACUUCACAGACAACUGUCGAUUGCAUCAUCGAUGAUAUCUCCUGUAUGCUUAAAGCUCCCCGACGAGCACUUCAUGUGUUGGCCACGUCUAAGGGUUUGAUUGCAGGUGAUCUGCGUUACAUGGAGGAGGAUGGCACAAGGAUUGACUGUCGCUCCAGCUCUGCAGCUGUUGCAGUUUCAUCAAACAUUACUGGAAUUAGAAAUAUUGUAUCAUCUGCAAAGUUUGUCAUGAUCGUUGAGAAGGAUGCAACUUUCCAGAGGCUGCUGGAUGACGACUUCUGCACAAAGCUCUUUCCUUGCAUCAUAAUUACGGGUAAAGGCGUUCCCGAUUUAAACAGCAGGUUGAUGGUGAGAAAACUUUGGGACACGCUGCACAUCCCCAUCUUUGCCCUUGUGGACGCUGACCCUCAUGGCAUUGAGAUCAUGUGUAUCUACAAGUAUGGAUCACUCUCCAUGUCGUUUGAGGCCCACAGUCUGACCGUCCCCAGCGUUAUGUGGCUAGGCCUCCUCCCCUCUGACCUCCGGAGGUUGCGGGUUCCUGAGGACGCUCUGAUCCCCCUCACCACAAGAGAUGAAAGCAAGCUUGACAGCCUUUUCAAAAGGCCAUACCUAACCAGCCAACCAGACUGGCAGAAAGAGAUGGAACUGAUGCAGCAGACUAAGGUCAAGGCUGAAAUCCAGGCCCUGGCAACCAUUGCUCCUGACUUCCUCACCAGCAUUUACCUGCCCAACAAAUUGCGCUAUGGAGGCUGGGUUUGAUUGCAAUGCUGCCCCC